CGUGAAGCAGCGACGACCUCACUCUCUAACAUUAGUGUACAGGCCUCACUCUCUCAUGUUUCUCUCUCUCUCAACUCUCAGCUUAACAUUAGUGUACAGGCCUCACUCUCUCAUGUUUCUCUCUCUCAACUCUCAGCUCACCUCUCGAUCGAUAUCUCUGUCGGCUCUAUCUCAUGGUCUCUCUGCUACCGAUUCUUCACUCCCUUUGCUAUCACCGAUCCAACUCUCUCUAUCAUCAUCGUUUUGUUUCGAAUUCAGUAACAGCAAACAUACAAACCUUCAAUCUUACCCUUUAUCCCAAACAAACCCUAAGCCCCAAUUCGUUAUUGAUUUUCGGUGAUUUCAAGAGUAUAUUUACAAGUGAAUCAAAGCAAUUGCAAGGUCCUGUUGCUGAGCAUAUGUUUCACUGGCAAGCAAACAUCAUGGGGCCGGCUGAUAUCCCCUAUUCUGGUGGUGUGUUUUUGGUUUCGAUCCAUUUUCCUCCGGAUUAUCCAUUCAAGGCACCAAAGGAGGUUGUUCGUGCUUUUGAAAGAGUUAAGAAGGUUUGUCAUCUUAACUUUAGUGUGCACUUUGUUUAUGUUUCUUCGGUUGUUGAUUCUGGUUGAAUAUGAAGCAUAUACACAUACACCGGACAUGACACUGACAUAUAGACAAAAGUGUCCGUAUAUGAGUGUCUGCCUUCAACUUGAAGUGAAAUAUGUUGCAUAAUAAGGAUAGUUUUGCAGUGGAAUUUGUUGCGUAGUGCUGAUAGUUUUGCAGUGGAAUCUGUUGCAUAAAUAUGAUAGCUUUGUAGUGGAAUCUGUUGCAUAACUUUUUCAAUUUGGUUAGAAGGUUCCUUGUGUAGAGUUUUUCAGUAGAUAAGUUAUUUGCAGUGUAAGGGUCAGUUUAGUGUACCGCUAGAAAUUGAAGGAUGAAAUGUGCAUGAACGAUUUUUCCAUGGGGUGAAAUUUACAAAAAAUUCAUGUUUGAUUUUUCACGGGGAUGGAUUUUAUUUUAAUAAUCAUGUCUUAGAUUUUUGUUGUAUAGUACUUUCAUAAGGAUUAACAGUGAUGCAU